AUGCUAAUUUCAAAAAUUUUUGCUCUUAACGGUGAUCGUCGACAAGUGCUAAGUAAUGCGAAUUACGCAGUGAUGGAAUGGAUUCACGGGGGCGGAUAUGAAAUAGGUGAUGCCCGGAAAUUUGGGUACGUGGAUCAAGGUGCAGCACUUAAAUUUGUCAAAGAGAAUGUUGCAUAUUCUGGUGGUGACCCAGAUAGAAUAACUGCUUUUUGUAUUAGUGCUUGUGGCGAUUCUGCUAAUAUCUAUACACUAUCUUCUCAAUCACAAAGUAAAGAGUUUGAGAUAAACACAACGACAACCAAGUUGAACACAGUAAAGUCUCGCCUGAAGAAUAAGACAAUUGAGGAGUUUUUAAACGCUGCUGACAGAACAGGGGCAGUUAGUGACGAGAUCUAUGAGAUAAAAUAUGGUCCUCGCGUUGACAAUGACUUUUUACCGAAAGACCCGGAAACUUUAAUCAAGGAAGUGCCCAAGAAGCCAACAAUCAUUGGAGUUACAAAAACGAAAGCUAUCCAUUUCAUUUUGUUGGAUUACUUGAAUUAUAUCGCAAAACUUCUCUUUGUAGACAAUUUUUUGUCUUUUGGAACCGUACCGUGA